GGUCUCUCCUUUCUCUACUCUGACAAUCAUUAUCAUGGCUGCCACUACCAAUAACCCCAAAGACAGAAACCUCAUCGCCGUCAUUGGAGACGAGGACACAGUCACAGGCAUGCUUCUUGCCGGAAUAGGCAAUGUGGAUAAAGAUCACGAAAAGAACUUUAUGAUUGUAGACUCGAAGACACAAGAAGGUGUCAUCCAGAGCACAUUCAAUAAAUUCACAGAGAGGAAGGACGUUGCCAUUCUCCUGAUCAACCAGCACGUUGCUGAACGGAUAAGGUCAGACGUCGACAAGUAUACAGCUGCGUUCCCUGCACUCCUAGAGAUUCCCAGUAAGGACCACCCAUACGGUACGUGGUCGAGAAAAUGAGGUCGGGUCAUGCUGUAUGCUCACAACCGCCCGUAGACCCCGCCAAGGACUCGGUCUUGAAACGUGUACAGAAACUGAGAGGAGACUAGACUGGAAGCGACGUGGCUGUCACACGUACUGUAAUAUACUAUGUAUGCGAACCAUUCACAUAUAGCU